UGAAUCUGUUGCAGAGACAGAGAGAGAGAGGAGAGAGAGGGGGAGAGAGAGAGAGAGAGAUCCAUUGCUUCGCCCUCGCCCUAUCCCCUCCCCUCGUCGAAUCCCCAAUUCCUCUUCCUCAAGUCACCGCUCGGUUCCCCUUUGCCCUUUAAUUCUCAUCGUCAGAUAUGGCUUCGAAUUCGCCCAGGGAUGGCCCAGCUGAUGAUAAAGCAUCUCCCAAAGAGAGCAAACCUUUGAUGCCGGAGUCUUCUGCCGCGGAGUCGGAAUCUGGGCCUGCCAUUCCCAAUCCUUUUGACUUUUCAGCGAUGCACAAUCUGCUGAACGAUCCCAGCAUUAAACAAUUGGCUGAGCAGAUAGCAAAUGAUCCUUCAUUCAAUCAGAUGGCCGAGCAGAUCCAGAAAACCUUCCACGGCGCUCCGGAAGAAGAAAGCAUUCCUCAGUUUGAUACACAACAGUACUAUUCCACGAUGCAACAAGUUAUGCAGAAUCCUCAAUUCAUGACUAUGGCAGAACGCCUUGGUAGUGCCUUGAUGCAGGAUCCUGCUAUGUCUAGCAUGCUUGAGAAUUUGGCAAAUCCGACACAAAAGGAACAAAUUGAGGAACGAAUGGCACGGAUAAAGGAAGAUCCAGCUUUGAAGGGCAUAUUAGAGGAAAUGGAAACUGGUGGUCCAGCUGCUAUGAUGAGGUAUUGGAAUGAUAAAGAUGUUCUGACAAAGCUGGGUGAAGCGAUGGGUCUUGCUGCUGCUGGAGAGGCAGCCACUUCUGGUGAAAAUGCUGUUCCAGAUGACGAUGAAGAUGCUGGUAAUGAGGAUGAAUCAAUUGUUCACCAAACUGCUAGUGUUGGUGACGUGGAGGGAUUGAAAAAAGCAUUGGCUGAAGGUGCUAUCAAGGAUGAGGAAGAUUCUGAAGGAAGGACAGCCCUUCAUUUUGCAUGUGGAUAUGGGGAGGUGAAGUGUGCUCAGGUUCUGAUCGAAGCUGGAGCGGCUGUGGAUGCUCUAGACAAGAACAAGAAUACCGCCCUUCAUUAUGCAGCUGGUUAUGGAAGAAAAGAGUGCGUAGCUUUGCUUCUGGAGAAUGGGGCUGCUGUCACUCUUCAAAACCUUGAUGGCAAGACUCCUAUCGACGUUGCGAAGCUGAACAGCCAGAACGAGGUGUUGAAGCUUCUUGAGAAGGAUGCCUUCCUCUAACUUAUCUGCGAGUCCACAUGGAAUCUCGGUUUCCUAGUCCUGUGGGCCAAGGUCGUGUGGGGCCCCGCUUGGUUUUGGUCGGGCAGGAGGGCAUAUCAGCUGUCUCUAUAACAUAAAAGAUGCUUCCCCUCAGUUGUUUGUCUAUGGUGCUACAUUUGCCUACUUUAUAUAGCCGGUGGACGAUUUCUCUGAAUGUGUUAUAAUUUAUGUCUGCGAAAUUGCCAAUCCAAAGUUGCAAUGGCUGAGCCUUCCUCUG